AUGGAAGCCCCCGAUAUGUGUCUUGGUUUGCAAUUCAUCUUAAAUACAUUAAAAGCAGCAGCUGGCAUGUACAUUGAGGGGGGCACUAGAAGAAAAUUCCCUUGUGAGAGACUUACAUUUGAUGAGGCACCUGUUAUCUCCCCUAUGAAACAAAAUUUGGCAACAAAGACGGAGCAAUGCAUAUGA